UUCGAUGUGAAUUCGUCGUAUCUCCCUGAGCUCAUCCAAGGAAUAGACUAUACCUAGCCUAUUACGUCAGGUGGUAAUCUUGCAAACGGUCGUUUUUAGUUGAAUUCGUUGUGGUCAUUCUUUUUUUCCAGUCUUCGAGUUUAUUUGAUACGAUAACGAAGCGCAAAAAUGAAUUUAUUCGGUAUACGAGUACCUACCUAGUUUAAUUGCAAAUCGUUGUAAUUGUAAUGCGUAUGUAAUCUCGAACAUAUUACAGUUUAUUAUUAUUUGAACUGGACGUGUCGACUGUGUGGUUUUUUUUUUUUUUUUUGUUUGUUCGCCAUAAGAGUACGUAUAGGUACUCAGGAAUCGGUCGCGAUAACAGGUUUGUGUUUAUUUUAGCGUUGUAUCGUCAAAUACUCGAAUAUAUACCGGUGUAAAUUUUAUUCAAUGAGGUGUUGCAGUUUUAGUGUAGGUUUAGAAAGUACCAAAGUCGAACGCGGGUUGUUCCAGUGCGAUAAAAAUUCGUCUUCGCAAAUUUAAUCCUAGUUAAAUGUUUGAAAACGAUACGAUGUUAGUGAUCGUGUACUUUGACCCGUUCACAACAAAACGAGAUGAAAAUCGAAUUUAAAUACUUGGUGUUGUGUUUGGCAGCGGUCAGCGGAAUCAAGAAUGGUAAAGAACAAGGCAGCGUACAGGAUUUCAUAGGGAAUUUCACGUCGCUGCUCAACGAAGGCAACGCGUACCUCGCCAAUUUCCCAUCAUCCAGAGAAAAGAAUCUAAAUGACGAUUACCUCAACACAAUCAAACAGCAUUUUUCGAAUUUACAACAAAAUGGUGGCUCGCCCCUCAGACCGAAUAAUUAUCCCCCGGGUUCUGGCCUUCCAGGACCACAGUUGCCUUCGGGUCCUGAUUCGGGAAGACCAUUUCCAGGACCUGUGAGACCACCAUUUGGUUCUCAAGGGCCUUCACCUCAGCCUGGGCAAGGUUACCCUGAUCAAGGAGGAUAUCCACCGGGAGGAGGGUAUCCUCAAGGAGGAGGAUUCCCGCAAGGUGGAGGAUUUCCGCAAGGAGGAGGAUUUCCACAAGGAGGAGGAUUUCCGCAAGGAGGAGGAUUCCCACAAGGAGGAGGAUAUCCACCAGGAUCAGGAAAUGGAUUUCCUCAAGGAGGAGGAUUUCCACCGGGACCAGGAGGUGGAUUUCCUCAAGGAGGAGGAUUCCCACCAGGACCAGGAGGCGGAUUUCCUCAAGGAGGAGGAUUCCCACCAGGACCAGGAGGUGGAUUUCCACCACCAGGACCAGGAGGCCGCCCUUAUCCACCGGCAUAUCGACCACCGUUCGGAUCAUAUGGGUAUCCGCCUAAUUCCUUCAUCGGAGCUUUAGAAUCUAUUUCCAGAUACGAUGAUUUGCGAUGUGUGCCGAGACUUUUAUGCGAGGUGACUGCUAGUCGUAGACCAGAUGGAUAUCCCAAGGAACCGGGGCAGUUACCGUUCGUUUCGAGAGAAGUUCUCAUCACAUUACUCACGGUGCUGAAUUUCGUCGAUGAUUCUCCACUUCUCUCGUUCGCCAGAGCAGCCCUGCUCGGAUACUCGUCCAGAGGAGACCUCAGAUCAUGUAUAACAGCAUAUCCAACCUGUCCUCGAGAUCCAGACCAACUCGUCAACUACCUGAACAACCAUAACGGCGGAUUCUUCCGUUUCUUCAACCAGCAACUGUACCAGCAACCUCAAUACGUUCCUCAAUAUCUCCAGCUGACCGAUGCCAAUAAAUCCAUACAACCUAAACAAGACGACACCGUUAAUACAAAUAGUAAAAUCUACAAAGUGAAAACAGUAAAUUACCAGCCUACUUCGGGGUUCACCUCGCGUAUUUUAAAUAAUCCCAUUAAUAUCGAGGAAGUUUCCACCACUACGACUCCAACAUAUCCGACCAGGUAUCCAAAAACAGACAGUUUUGCACCAGGGUAUACGAGAAGACAUCCGAAAACAGUUUUAUUCCAGGAUGAAUCUGCUACGUCGUCGUCUUCGUCGAGUGCAGCCGCUGAAAGUGAUAAUUUCAUUUUACCUGUGAGGACUGGUAAACGAUUUUUAUUCCCUGAUCGAGCCGAUAAGUCGAUUAAAUCGACAGGGAUGAUAUUUCCAGAUAGAACUGGUACUGGGAAUUUAAUCUUGAGUUCGGAUUCUCAAGGUAAUUAUAAAGUCGUGUUUGCUCCAGAAAGUAUUAAUAAUAAUAAUCGUAAAGGUAAAGUUAAAUUUUUAUUAGAUAACGAACGUAUGAUGAAGUUUCCUGAAGACGAAUAAACUGCCAAAUACCUUAAACUAUUUUUUCCCUGUACUUUCUAUUUUUUUAAAAAUGAAAAUUUGUUAUAUUUAUCUAACUUAAAUUAUUGAAAAAAUGGUUUUGAUAACUAGAUAUAGUAUCUGUAUGAAAAACGAUGUGCUGUGUUAAAAUAAUCAAAAUAUACAUUAUUUUUUACAUA